CCAACAUUCGGUUAGAAUGGACUUUACUAACAAGGUCGUCUUAAUAACGGGCGCGAGCUCAGGCAUCGGUGCGGCAUGCGCUGUCCUCUUCGCUAGGGCUUCCGCAAAACUGGCCAUCGUCGGACGAAACAUGAAUAAUCUUAAAAAAGUUGCCGAAAACUGUGAAACCGAAAGUGGACAUACACCUUUAUUGAUUUCAGCCGAUAUAACUGUUGAAGAUGACGUUGAGAAAAUAGUUAAAGAAACAAUAGACUGUUACGAAAAAAUUGAUGUUCUUGUUAACAAUGUUGGUAUGUCUAUAAUUGCCGGCGUAAGAGAUGGUGUAAAGCCUCUGGACACAAUCAUGGAAACGAAUAUCCGCGGUACUUAUAUGCUUACGUAUCGAGUAAUCCCAUAUCUCGAAGCUACGAAAGGUAACAUUGUAAACGUAUCGAGUGUCCUUUCAACCAAAGCUAUGUCAACCAUGACGCCGUAUUGUAUGUCCAAAGCCGCUAUGGAUAUGUUCACUAAAUGCCUCGCGAUGGAGCUAGCGGAGAAGGGAGUGAGAGUAAACUCUGUUAACCCAGGCCCUGUGAGAACGAACUUCUUCACAAGAGCCGGUAUAAACAGUGAGCACAAUGAUGAACUCAUGAAGAACUUCGCCGCCAUGCUUCCGCUUAAAAUGGUAUGUGAAAGUGAAGAUGUAGCGGAAAUGAUAAUAUACCUCGCCAGUGACAAAGCCAGGUGUGUUACUGGAAGUUGCAUGCUGAUUGAUUGUGGAACAAAAAUCGGCAAAGUCGAGAAAUUAAUGUAAAAUCAAACUGGGUUUAGAAUAAAAUGU